AUGUCGGCCCCCUCGAGCGCCGGUCACGGUCAAUUCCCCGGCAGCGAGCAGCAGCAGUUCGGCCAGCCGGCCCAGACGGAGACGGGCCAGCCGGACGCCGGCGCUGCUCCUGGCAAGAAGAAGAAGAGGGGAUACGCCGCCGGCGCGUUCGACGUAGGCACCGGCGCCAAUGCCACGACCAACGCCCAGCUGCAAGGCGGCGCCCAGCAGUACGGCAUCCCUGCUGCCGGCCAGCAGCAACCGGCAGCCUACGGAGGCUACCCACAACCCGACGCCCAGCAGGCUGGAGGUGCUGCCUACCAGUACGGGCAGCCCGGGAUGCAGCAGCAGCAGCAGCCGGCUCAGCAGGGCGCCCACCCUGCCUAUCCGGCGGCCCCCGAUCAAGGAUAUCCCGCGCCCGUCGGCGGCGCCCAGCUUGGCCAGGCCGGCGUGGCGGACAUCAGCCAGGCCAUGGGCGGCAUGCAUCUCGGUGGCCAGGCCGAUGCGCAGCAGCAGCAGCAGCAGCAGCAGCAGCCGGCGGCGGCCCAAGGGCACCGGGCUGGACCUUUGAACCAGCUCUACCCCACCGACCUGAUGAACCAGCCCUUCUCCGUCGCCGAGCUCGACCUCCCGCCGCCGCCGAUCGUCCUGCCCCCCAAUACAAGCGUGACGCCGUCGCCCGAUUCCAACUGCCCUCCGCGGUACACUCGCUCGACGCUCAACGCCGUGCCCACCACCAACUCCCUGCUCAAGAAGUCGAAGCUGCCCUUUGCCCUCGUCAUCCAGCCGUACGGCUCGCUGCACGACGACGAGGACCACGUGCCCGUCGUGCAGGACCAGGUCAUCUCGCGCUGCCGCCGAUGCCGAACGUACAUCAACCCCUUCGUCACCUUCCUCGACCACGGCCACCGCUGGAGGUGCAACAUGUGCAACCUCAGCAACGACGUCCCCCAAGCCUUUGACUGGGACGCCGCGGCGCAGCAGACGGUGGACAGGUGGCAGCGCCACGAGCUCAACCACUCGGUCGUCGAGUUCGUCGCCCCGCAGGAGUACAUGGUCCGCCCGCCCCAGCCGCUCGUCUACCUCUUCGUCGUCGACGUGAGCUACGCCGCCGUGUCCAACGGCCUGCUCGCCACCGCGGCCCGGACGAUACUCGACAGCCUGAACCGGAUACCCAACGCGGACAGGCGAACGCGCCUCGGCUUCGUCGCCGUCGACGCCGGCCUGCACUACUUCUCCAUCCCCAAGGACGCCGACGAGGGUGCCGAGACCAAGAUGCUCGUCGUCAGCGACCUCGACGAGCCCUUCCUCCCCGUCCCUCACGACCUCCUGGUGCCGCUGACGGAGAGCCGGCAGAGCAUCGAGAGGUUCCUGCAGAAGCUGCCCGACAUGUUCCUGAACAACCAGAACAACGGCUCCUGCAUGGGCGCCGCCCUCCGCGCCGGCCACAAGCUCAUCUCGCCUCUCGGCGGCAAGAUCGUCGUCCUCACCGCCUCGCUGCCGAACGUCGGCACCGGCAAGCUGGACAUGCGGGAGGACAAGAAGCUGCUGGGCACGUCCAAGGAGGGCGGCCUGCUGCAGACGGGCAACAGCUUCUACAAGAGCUUCGCCGUCGAGUGCUCCAAGAACCAGGUCUCCAUCGACAUGUUUCUGUUCUCGUCGCAGUACCAGGACGUCGCCUCCCUCAGCAACCUCCCGCGAUACACGGGCGGCCAGACCUGGUUCUACCCCGGCUGGCACGCGUCGCGGCCCGAGGACGCGCUCAAGUUCGCCUCCGAGUUCAGCGACUACCUGUCGUCGGAGAUCGGCCUCGAGGCCGUCCUCCGCGUGCGCGCCACGACGGGCCUGCGCAUGAACACCUUCUACGGCAACUUCUUCAACCGCAGCUCGGACCUGUGCGCCUUCCCCGCCUUCCCGCGAGACCAAUGCUACGUCGUCGAGGUGGCCAUCGACGAGAACAUCACCAAGAACUUUGUCUGCCUGCAGGCGGCCGUGCUGCACACGACGUGCAACGGCGAGCGUCGCAUCCGCGUCAUCACCCUGGCCCUGCCGACGACGACCAACCUGUCCGACGUCUACGCCUCGGCCGACCAGUGCGCCAUCACCACCUACUUCAGCCACAAGGCGGUCGAGCGAACGCUCGGCAGCGGGCUCGAGGCGGCGCGCGACGCCCUGCAGGCCAAGCUCACCGAGCUCCUGCAGACGUUCAAGAAGGAGCUCGGCGGCGGCAGCAUGGGCGGCGGCGGCCUCCAGUUCCCGGCCAACCUGCGCGGCCUGCCCGUGCUGUUCCUCGGCCUCAUCAAGAACGUCGGGCUCCGGAAGUCGACGCAGAUCCCGUCCGACAUCCGGUCGGCCGCGCUGUGUCUCCUGUCGACGCUUCCCGUGCCGCUCCUGAUGCGCUACAUCUACCCCAGGCUCUACUCCCUGCACGACAUGCCCGACAACGCCGGCACGCCCGACGAGCAGACGGGCCAGAUCAUCCUGCCGCCGCCCGUGAACCUGUCGUCGGAACGGCUCAUGUCGUACGGCCUGUACCUCAUCGACGACGGGCAGACGCAGUUCCUCUGGGUCGGCCGCGACGCCGUGCCGCAGCUGGUCGGAGACGUCUUCGGCAUCGAGGACCGAACGCAGCUGCAGGUCGGGAAGGGCCGCGUCCCCGAGCUCGAGGGAGACUUCAACGAGCGGGUCAGGGCCGUGAUCCAGAAGAGCAGGGAUCACAGGUCGCUCGGCGUCGGGAGCAUCACCGUCCCGCACCUGUACAUUGUGCGCGAGGACGGCGAGCCGAGCCUCAAGCUCUGGGCCCAGACGUUGCUUGUGGAAGACCGGGCGGACCAGGGAGUCAGUGCGGCGCAAUGGCUGGGAGUUUUGCGGGAAAAGAAGCGGAAGCAAGAUGGACCGCGCCGACGAGGCAGACGCCAGCGGCAGCACGCAGACGACGAGGGCGAUGGCAAAACUGCAAGCUACCGAAGCUGUCUUACGACAAAGGUACAAUUGGUCCCCGAAGAAUACGACGAGAAAAGAAAUGCGUAG